UGCGAUAAAACGGUUCCCCUCCCCUUCCGUCAGAAAAUCUCUUUUAAAAUUCAUUUUUUUCCCUUCCACAUGCACAAAUAUGCCUUUGGGACAGUAAUGUCUUCCAAACCAAUGGAAGGGCCCAACCAGUUCGACUUUGUGAAAUAGUAUAAAUUUGUUCUUUUUGAUACAUGCAAUAGUUAUUGAAACGUAGUAUCGAUUUGCACAAUUUAUUAUGUGUACAUGCUCAACAGCACGCCAUAAAAAAGGAGUCAUUGCAUAUAUAACACAGCUUGUCCUCUCCGUCCAUACGGAAAACGAAUUAAUCUUCAUAUCCAGUUGUACAUGAAAGCGCUAUAAUAACUCUCAGCACCAGUGACGUAUUCAAGGGCACACAGACACCAGGUAAAGUGCAUAUAUCCUACCUUUUGAACCCUGGUUUUUUAGUCGUUUCCAGAAACAAUUCGUGUGUCAUCUUAAUCGCCAAAAUGUACUUUAUUAUGAUUACACUGAAUUUUGUAAUAUCUUCAUUAGCACCUACUAAUAGUGUCUCUUUUUGUGUCGUUAUCGCCACAGCCUCUCUCCCAUGCCACAUAUAUUUCGUCCCUUUUAAACAAUCAUUUGUCUUGUAAUAGAUCGCAUGCACUUAUCAACAGUUAUCUCCUUAAAUGCAUUGAAGUAAUCGAAGUGCUGAUUUGUUGACAAUUUGCUGGUCCGUGAUAUUGACAGGUGCGAUGUGAGAAGACCUGGCUGUGUUUACUGUGAUGUCAUUGAUGGGGACAUGUGACACCCUACAGGUGCUCGAUUCCCUAUGGAUAGGGAACUCCAUCAAUAAUGAAUGCACGAGACACGUGAGAGAACUGGCCCGCCGAUACCGCUGCAAUAUUCAGGAUUUUGUGAAACACAGGUUUAUCAACAACUCAGAUAAGACGUAAGAGAAAGCAACUAAAACAUUUCGUGAUGCCGGAGGGAUGAACACAUCGUCAGUCUCUAACUUCACAGCGCAUGCGUCACUGGAAGAGGAAAUUCAACAGAGGGUAUUGUAUUUUCUCCCACUUUUAUUCGUGUGGGGAGCGCUUGGAGUCCUCUCUAUUCUAUCAAAUGUAAUAUUCCUGUUGUUGUCGAAGUUCACGACGGGUGGUAGUAGCCCAGUUUUAGUUUUCAUGAGGAGUAUAUGUCUGGCUGACGUCAUGACGGGACUUUACGCAGUCUUCAAAGCAGUGGUUUUUAAUUCUAUGCAAAGCACAAAGGUCAACUGUUUUCUUCCGGACAGCAUUCUGAUCACAGCGACGACCGCGUCCGUGUGUACGCUUGUGUGGCUGCACGUGGAUUGCUGCUUGCGAUUUACACACCCAUUGAAAUAUAUUGUUCACAUUAAAAAAGAAAAUAUCAUAACGGGGAUGGUGCUGAUGUGGAAUAUUUCGUUUGUUCUUGGUUUCUUACCCUUGAUGGGCUGGAAUAACGAGGACGCCAUUUGCGCAUACCACAGAUUCUACUCUUCCAGAUAUGUGUACUUUAUAGCCUCGUUAUGGUGUACAGGGCUGAUUUCAAGUGUUGUGAUGGAGGUUGUCCUUAAACGCUAUAUGUUGAAAGUGAACAAGAAUCAACAUUUAUUAACGGUGAACAGCAGGGAAUUUGAACGUUACCAGAAUCUCAUAUCAACUAAUCGAAUUGAAUUAAUUGGGUGGUUUUCGUGUAUUGUACUUUUGGGAAUAUUCGCCACUCUUAGCGUCGUUUUAUUUCGUAAAUUCCGUCAUUUUGAUGUUCUUGAAGUUCAUAUUUUAUAUAUUAUGCCAAUAUUUUUAGUACGUGCCUGCACCAUAUCCGUAGUAAGAAGUUAUAAAACCACACAGAUUCAUCUUGUGACAAAGAAACUCCGGCGACAAGUAACGAAAAUAAUCAACAAACACUCGCCAGCUUCAAAGGUCAAUUCUGUGACAGACACAAUUAGGUCAAACAUUGACAGCAAUAAAUCAACGGAAGCAAAUAAUAGUUUGAAAGCAAGCUUUCGGAAAGAUGAUCGAAACGGAGACAUCAAAACCAUCGUAAAGGAUGCCGAGAAUCCGCAGCAAAGUAGUUCCCAGGGCAGUGAUGUGUCCCGACCCAGUGUUCAGGUUCUUUGUGCUGACAGUGUUACGGCGGUGGAAAAUCCCGUCUUUAAUAUGGAUGAUGAAAUGACCGAUAUUACGUCACUUCCUGUUUCCUGUAAAAAUGGGCUGUUGAUCUUAGAAUCCGAAUUAGACCAAUAUGAUGAAGUGACGUAUCUCUGAACAUUUUGUGAAUCAUUUUAUUAUAAACAAAUUCAUUAUAAUUUGUAUCUAAUGUUUGUUAACUUUGUACGAAAGCAAAGGACUGAUCAUUUGAAUACAUAUCGAAAAAAUGAA